AAUCAGUUGGUGAGGAUCUAGUUUGUUAGUACUCUAUUAUUUAAGAUUAUUAUAGGCAAACACUCAAAUUUAUCCUGAAGAUGAAUUCUGACAGUGAAAUCUUUUUUUGCAUGUUACGGAGUUUGGUCAUUUGGCGGUUUGGUCUUACAAAAUCUGUUGGCUUUCCUACAACCUAUGAGACUCCUCCUCAUUAAUUCCCUGGCGUUUUGGUCCCAAUGUAAACAGACCCAUAAAUUCCUUCACCAUUUUUCAUUAACAUUAUCCUAAAAAAAUAAUUCAACCCAAAAAUUAUUUUAAUAUCCAAAUCCUCCAUCUAUAUAAGCCCAAGUGGUUAGCCAUCCCCAUCAAGCCUCUUCCGUUCCACACUGUACUCUCCCUACAAGUGUUAAGUCUUCCUUUGCACUUGUCAGCCAUGUCUAAAACCGUAAUAACAGCUCUUCUCUUCACACUGUUUUCGUCUUUAUCCUAUGCAAUUGACAUGUCUAUUAUAGAUUACAAAAACAACCAAGAUGAAGAGGUGAUGAAGGGAAUAUACGAACAGUGGCUGGCAGAGCAUGGGAAAGUAUAUAAUGCCUUGGGAGAAAAGGACAAAAGAUUUGAGAUAUUUAAGGAUAAUUUGAGGUUCAUUGAGGAACAUAACAACCUUGAGAAUCGUACGUACAAGGUUGGCUUGAACCAAUUUGCUGAUCUCACAAACGAGGAGUACGGGGCUAUGUAUUUGGGCACGAGAAGUGACGCUAGGCGGCGACUUGUGAAGUCGAAAAGGCCAAGCCAACGUUAUGCAUCGCGGCCUAACGAGUUGCUGCCUCAUUCUGUCGAUUGGAGGAGGAGAGGUGCUGUUGCUCCUGUUAAGAAUCAAGGGAGUUGUGGAAGUUGCUGGGCCUUUUCAACAGUGGCAGCAGUAGAAGGCAUAAACCAGAUCGUAACAGGGGAAAUGAUCACACUAUCCGAGCAAGAACUUGUAGAUUGUGACAGAGCCCAUAACGUUGGUUGUAAUGGUGGCCUAAUGGACUAUGCCUUUGAGUUCAUCAUCUCCAACGGUGGCAUGGACACUGAAAAUCACUAUCCUUAUCGCGGAGUUGAAGGCAGAUGCGAUCCUGUUCGGAAAAAUUAUAAGGUUGUUAGUAUUGAUGGUUAUGAAGACGUGCCUAGAAAUGAAAGAGCACUUCAAAAAGCUGUGGCACAUCAACCUGUUAGCGUAGCCAUUGAAGCUUCUGGCAGGGCUUUCCAGCUCUACUCUUCGGGCGUGUUUACGGGAAAAUGUGGAGAGCAAGUAGACCACGGUGUUGUUGUGGUUGGCUACGGCAGCGAAGGUGGAAAGGAUUAUUGGAUAGUGAGAAACUCAUGGGGCACAAAGUGGGGAGAAAAUGGCUAUGUCAAAAUGGAGCGUAAUGUAAAGAACGCUCAUUUGGGCAAGUGUGGAAUUAUGACAGAGGCUUCAUAUCCCAUAAAGGAUGGCAUAAAUAAACGUACCACAACUACUUCAAAAGAAGAGAAGAUUAGCAGCAUCUGAAGAAUUCUGAUUUUCUCAGCUGUCCUUGCAUUUAGGGGAAUUUCAUGGCUUAUGUGAUAGUAUUUUAUUAUGUUUGUUUUAGUUGAUCAUUAAAUGUUGUAAAUAGUUAGUUGGGUAUUUGUUGCAAUGCAUUUCUCUGUUUGUGGUUUGUUUAAUGAAAAGUAUCUUUGAUUUUGUGUGUCACAAAUUCAGAACGUGGACGAAUAUGGAAAUCUAUGAAAGAAAGAUUUGUCAAUCAUUUUCUUGAUC